AUGACUGCACAAAUCCCAUUGCAGUUACUGCCAAUUGUUGCUGAUAAACCCUCUGUAACCAACAAACUAUUACGCAGAUGCAAACUGGUGCUGUUCGCCAACACUCAUUCACCAGGAGCACCAAGAGGAACCGUCAUUGCCUCUCCCUCUCAUAAGAAUCCAGACUAUUACUACCAUUGGGUGAGAGAUGCAUCCAUAUCUUUUAUGUCUGUGCUAGACAUGAUACAGAGCAGUUCACAAGAUCCAGCACAACCGCAUCCAGAGCUGGAAAGACUGCUAGAUGAUUAUGCUCAACUAUCCAAACAACAUCAAGAGUCACCAUUUGCACGAUCUGGGCUUGGAGAGCCCAAGUUUUAUGUCGAUGGGUCGCCGUUUAUGGCUGAAUGGGGGAGACCACAAAAUGAUGGGCCAGCACUACGAGCAUUGGUUCUUGUAGAAUAUGCUCAGUUCAUCCUCAAGCACAGACCUAGUCGCAAGGAAUUUGUUCAAACACUGCUUUAUGACAGUCGUCUGCCAACACAGUCUGUCAUCAAGCGCGAUCUAGAGUAUAUUUCACAACAAUGGCAUGCUCCAUCGUUCGAUUUAUGGGAAGAGUCGCUAGGCACUCAUUUUUUUACUAGAAUGGUUCAGCAUGCAGCUUUGGUUUCUGGGGCUCAGCUGGCGAUGGCUUUGAAUGAUCGCCCUGCUGCAGAUUGGUAUCUAAUACAGGCACAACACAUUGAAUCUGCAUUGCAUUUACACUGGGAUCCUAUCAAAAAACAUUUGCUUGCCACAGUCGAUUGGAAAGGAGGACUAUCAUCAAAGACAUCGCAGUUGGAUAUUGCUGUCAUUAUUGCCUCGCUUGUAGCUACAUCAUUCAACUCCACGCAUUCGGCCAUUUAUGCUCCAUGGGAUGAUCGUAUUUUAUCUACUUUGAUUCGAUACACAGACACCAUGUCUACACUCUACCCAAUCAAUGCCAACACAUCUGCUCAAGUUGUCGUUGGACGCUAUCCAGAGGAUGUGUAUGAUGGUCUGGGAUUUUCAAAAGGAAAUCCAUGGCCACUUGCAACGUGUGCUCUAGCUGAACAUGUUUACAAUGUUGUUGGGCAUUGGUGCCAGGCACGCAGUAUUUUACUCACUUACACCACAUUGGAUUAUAUCAAUAGAUAUGCCGGAUCAACUAUUUCUGAACCGAUUGGUACGCUUGGCGGAAGCAUUAUUUGGACAGACAAAGUGUUCAAGCAGAUUGUACAGGCAUUGGUUCAGCAUGGCGAUAAGAUUAUUGAUCGAGUAAGCAGUUUAAGCAAUUUAGAGGAAAACCAUGGAAAUUUGGAGUUGAGUGAACAAUGGAAUGCAUCAACUGGAGCAAAACAAGGUGCACAGUUACUGACUUGGAGUGCCGUAUCUCUACUCCGUGCCAUUCGUUCCCGAAAACAAACUGCCGACAACUGUCAUCCACUCAUUACAAACUCAAUUUGA